AUCGCGGAAAGCUCAAUUCGUGGGUUUGUAAGCACAGAGACUUGAAUGUAUGAUGCAGAUCCCAACUGCUGCCCCUGGCUUACUUUUAAUAGUUGCCUGUGGCCUCAGUUGGGUAAAAUCAGUCUUGACCCUGAAAAUAAAGAAAAUACAACCAUUAAUGGGCUGCUUAACACGUCAUGGAACACAAUUCAACUAUUAAACAUGAUUUGUCGACGAUAUUUCAACUUUCUAUAAAACCUAAAAAUCCACUAGGGUAAUAUAAUUGACAAGAGAAGAAAUUCUUCAAAACACAGUUCGUCACGAAACAGGUUGAUCACCCUUACGAAGAAAAGGGAAGGAAGCUUAUCCAGCCUACCCACAAACGGAAUUGCCCUGCGUUCAUCAUGCUGCGAUAUAUCAUCAAGUUUCCUGAAUAUAAGAUACACUCUUGAUUCCAACUACCAACGUAGAACACAAAUUUAUCGGCUGAAAAGUGACCUACAGAACAAAGUCAUGCCUGUGUUGGAACAUCGGGUGUAUUGCUCUACCCCAGAAAGUGCUGAACACAAAUACCAUGUGAGGGGAGAGUUUGGAUCGACAUUUCAGCCAUUGGACAAAGUCAUUAUCAACAGAAUCAAAGCUCUUGUUGCAGAAGGAAUUCGAAGCGUGUCAGAGAUGAAGAGACAUCUUCGAAUUUUCGCCAAGCAAAAUUUUCCUGGGGUAUCAGAGCUGAGCAAUCGGUAUUUCCUUUCAAACAAGGACAUCAGGAACCAUAUGUCAGCAACUUUGAGACUUGACAAACAAUACUGGGAGUGUGAUAAAUGUGGUUUGAGGUUACAUCCUGGGUGCAUUGGCCGUGAUCCAGAUGAAACACCUGCAGAUAGCUCCACCACCUUCUGGUGUGAAGCAUGUCUGACUGCAGUCGUCAAGGUCUGGCCUGUGGACAACUUUAAGGAGUUUAUCGAAUCAGGUGGAGUCAGUGAUGAUGAGGGGUACAUCAUAGAUGCAACUGUUAUUCUGUCACUGAUGCAUGCUGGGUACAGUCGUUGUUGGCUGAUAAUCCAUGCACAGGGGAAAAAAGUCAAACUCGAUGGCUGCAAAGACAUGAGGCAUUCCUGAGGUGUAGAAAUCUUCCUUACAGUCGAUAUUAUGGAGCAAAUGUGUUCUCAGGUGAUGCACAGAUAAUUUUAAGAAGAAACCUUGACAGAAUUUUCCUGAAGAAAAAGUAAUUGGCAGAGUGUUAGGUGUCAAAGGUGUUGCAGAAGGAAGCAAUGAUUGCCAUUCUGCAAAUGCACUCUGCUGUCGGUUAUCAGGAGGCGGAUUCAAGACUGAAGGAGGCAGAGAGUACCAGUAACAGGGCAAUGUUGGCUGGGUUAGUUCCAAGACAUUGUAAAUGAGGCCAUGGAGUGUGAUGGCAAUACUUAAUAUUUUAUCACAAUCUUAAGUGAUUAUAUUGUUGACAACAGACAGCCAUUAAGAUAUAAUUCAUUGUAAUUGUGCACAACUAUGUACCAAGUAUUUUAUAUCAGGAUAAACGACGGGGAAAUACCGGAUUAAAUUUUAGCAUUUGAACACAUGUGUCAUAGCAAAACUUCUCAGUUAUAUGGCAUUUUCUGAUUUGUCAUUGUAUAGUUGAUGAGACCAUAAGUAAUAAAAUACACUGUUAAAUUUCCCACUGAAAGUAAGGUAUGAAUGUGUCUAUUAAUGUGUCACCAGUAAAACUUGCUUUGUAGACAUCCACAUCACCUGUGAUAGUUUGUUCACUUAUGACUCAUGUACAGGUAUUCAAGUAUAUAUGCUUGGAUGAAAAAGAUGAAUAAAUACAUGCUUUUAAUAUUUUGUCUGUGUGUGCUAUUUUUUCUAUGGCAAUGAACUUCUAUAUAACUUUACUAGUCCAAUCUAAAAUUUGCUUAUUUCAUUUUUCGUGGUAACUGCUGAAAUAAGGUUUAAUUUUACCUAAUGAUUGGUCAAAAGUACAUGCUCAAUUAAACAGACAUUUACUGAAAAAACAACUUUCAUGAAGUAUGCUUUUUAAGCUGCUGUGUUCAUAUUUUGGCAAUUAUUCAAGUAAGGAACACUUUUAAAUUAUACUGAUUAGUAAGAACAUGAUAGAUUAAUUAUGUUGUACAUGCAAAGUUAAAAGAAUAUUUGUAAAAUUUGCUAGGAUAACCUGGCCUUCAUGUCAUAUGUUAGAACUCCAUUGUAUUUAAAAUCUCUAUUUUAUUCAUACUGUUGUGAAUACAUUAUCAGAUUGUGUCUUGUGUAAAUCAUUAGAGAAUGACGGCAAAAAAGAUAUUAAGUUCAACUUAAAAUAUUUGAGAACCUUUGAUAAUUAAAUGAGUAACUGAGAUAUCAGUAAUGUGCCUGAAAAUAUUACAGAUGUUUAUUGACUCUGCGGCCUUCACACUUGUAUCCAUGAUUGUAUUGCUUCUAUACAAACGUGUAUGGUAGGUAUAAUCAAUUCACGUCUGUUUAAAAUUUCCACUCAAUUUCAAUGGAAGCAGUACUAUUUUCCCAUAUCGAUUUUUUGUUUACAUUGUUAUAUGGAGCUUGUAAUCAAAUGCGAUACAUUGAUAUGUAAGAAAACGUUUAUUUACAUGUAUUUGUAAGGAUAACUCUUGUGAAGAUUAUAUUGAACUCGUUAAGGUUGUGAAUUAUUUCCUCUUCAUAAGAGUGCAUAUUUUAACAUGCAUGUCUAAGAAUAUAUUUUAUUGCAAUAUGAAUGUAUGUAAAUGGUCAUUCAGUAUGUGUACCAAGAAGAAGAACUAUUUUAUAUUCUAUACUUGUUUCUAAACGUUAUAGAAAUGCUUAUUGAUAAAUAAACAU